ACAAUGUGUUGGGGAAGCAGCCAACUAAGUAGGCAACCACAUUUGCCAGUUGAAAACAAUUUCAUUAACAGUUUGCUGUGAAUCGAACACAUUCGUCGAGAAUGUCUAUUCCAAAUUUAAUGCAAAAUGUCAAUCGGCGAAUGGCGGAUUUAGCUCUGAUGACUGCCAUAAUGCGACAAAUGGAGUAUCUGAAGAGUUGCUGUUACUUUUUCGAUCUAAAGUUGGGCUGCAAGCUUAUUGCAGUACUCGAAGCAUUUAGUGGCCUGUGGCAGAUAUACCAUGAUGGCAAAGAGUUAUACGGCAAAACGGAUCCCCUGCUGGCACCCGAGUGGCUUGAUGCGAAGAUAGCGAAACACGGUUCGCAAUUCAAUUUCUUCAUGGGACUCAUUGGGUUCUUCAGCUCCCAGCUGCUGCUGGCAGGCGUUAUCUUUGAACGCAAGUUGUGCGUGUUGCUUUGGAUCUAUGUGACGGCGCUGGUCACACUGGCAUUCAUGUUUUACACCCUGAUCAUCGCCUGCAUACCCGAACUUUUGAUAUUCGAUGUCUCAACUAUUGUUCUGCAAGCAUAUUUUAUAAUGAUCGCUGUGGCAUACUAUAUGCAAAUGCGACGCGCCGCAAGCUCUGAAGAAGAUGCCGAGGUGUUAUUUACGGCCCGUGAGGUAUAAAGCUUGAUUAGCUUACAUAUUAUAUAGUUUGUAAAUAGUCAAUGGAUAGUUGGCAAUUGCAUUCGAUAAUAUGAUUUUAAUAAAAGUCGCAUUGAUGCAGUU